AUGGCCGGUGAAGGCGACGGUGGUGAUAGGUGGUUGGUUUGCGGCGGCGGUACAGCGAGGGAGGGAGAAAGAGGUGCGAACAGGGGAGGUUCGAGUGUGUUUCUGGGCGGUUCUGGGCGGCGUCUCGCCGGAGAUUGGGGACGGUAUUUGGGUUUAGGAGGUGGUGAGGUGUUCGUGGGGUGGUGGCGUGGCGUCGGUGGCGCAGGAGAGGAAAAGAAAGAGAGGGAUACAGGGGAGUGGCGAAGGAGGAGGGGAGCAGGGACGAUGGGUGUGGCGGUGGUUCUGGGUGGACGUGGGAGCACGAACAGGGAGGAGAGCAAGGCACGGGGGGAGCACGAAGGGAGGAGAGAGGGAGGAAGAGGGUGGCGGCUGGCUGGGAGGCUCAAUGACGUGGUGAUGGCCGGUGAAGGCGACGGUGGUGAUAGGUGGUUGGUUUGCGGCGGCGGUACAGCGAGGGAGGGAGAAAGAGGUGCGAACAGGGGAGGUUCGAGUGUGUUUCUGGGCGGUUCUGGGCGGCGUCUCGCCGGAGAUUGGGGACGGUAUUUGGGUUUAGGAGGUGGUGAGGUGUUCGUGGGGUGGUGGCGUGGCGUCGGUGGCGCAGGAGAGGAAAAGAAAGAGAGGGAUACAGGGGAGUGGCGAAGGAGGAGGGGAGCAGGGACGAUGGGUGUGGCGGUGGUUCUGGGUGGACGUGGUUGCUGA